AUGAGGCUUGAGGAUAUUCAUGUAGGAUUCAAGGUUCCUGUUAAGAAGAUUGUAAAUGCGACGGAAGAGAUAUAUAAAGCGGAGAUUCUGGGGAGAAGAGAAGGCCAGUCUGGGCUUGAGUUCUAUGUACACUAUAUGGAGCUAAACAGAAGGCUUGACGAAUGGGUCGAUGGAUCCAUGGUAGAUCUGAGCGAUCCAAGCCAGAUAGAGAUUCCAAAGAAGAAGAAGACGGAAAAAACGAAGGCAGAGAAGUCGAGAAGAGCCUCUGAAAAGGAGGACGGGAUGAAAGAGGAGGAGCCCAAGCUGGAGAGGCCGCCGCAAGAUGAGGAGUUCAGAAUGAAGAAUGUCAAGAAGAUCAUGCUUCGAAAUCACCUUGUUGAUGCCUGGUACUUCUCGCCGUAUCCAAAGGCAAUAGCAGAGAGUGACAUUGUUUACAUAUGCGAGUUUUGCUUGUAUUACUUCAACACAAUGGAUAACCUAGUUCUGCAUGCAAAGCAAUGCAAACUCCGCCAUCCACCAGGCAGGGAAAUCUAUCGGGAUGGAAACCUGAGCUUUUUUGAGUGCGAUGGGCACAUACAAAAGAAUUACUGUAGAAACCUAUCGUUGUUGUCAAAGUUGUUUCUGGACCAUAAGUCUCUUUACUAUGACGUAGAUGUGUUUAUGUUCUAUGUGCUUUGUAGACUUGAAGACAACGGGUACCAGAUAGUGGGAUACUUUUCAAAGGAGAAGAUGUCGGAGCAAGGAUACAACCUUGCAUGCAUUCUGACACUCCCCUUUGAGCAAAGAAAAGGAUAUGGAAAGAUUCUGAUAGACUUUUCCUAUCUUCUUAGCAAAAGAGAUAAUAUGAUUUCCGGACCGGAAAAGCCUUUGAGCGAUCUCGGGCUGCUCAGCUACAGAACAUAUUGGAUGGAGGUGAUUGUCGAGUACUUAUCAAGACAUAGCAAAGCAAGCAUUGCAGAGAUUUCUAAGGAAACCCACAUAUCCGAGGAUGACAUAGUAGGAACUCUUUCUGCAUAUAAGAUGCUGAGGAUAGACGGGAACGAGUUUAUUUUCACAUAUGACGAGAGGCAGCUCCAAAAGGCCCAAAGGUCCAGAAGCAAGUGUGUGAACGGAUCUCUUCUUAAGUUAUGCUGA